AUGCCAGUUUUACAAAUUUCUACAAAUAUUUCAACAGAAUCUGUUCCACCUAAAUUUGCAAAAAUUGCUUCUGCGAAUAUUGCAGCUCUAACUGGGAAGCCAGAAUCCUACGUUAUGGUUUUAGUUAAUGCCGGAAAUGUUGGUUGGUUUGGAGGUUCUACCGAUCCAUUUAUUUAUGCCGAACUUCAAUCAAUUGGGGGAUUUACUGAUCCAAACAAAGUAACUGGGGAAAUGACAAAACUUUUUACUGAACAUUUUGGGGUUCCUGGUAGCCGAGUUUAUAUGAAAUUGACUGGGCCUGAUGCAAAUAAAUUCGCUCAUAAUGGAAAGACUUUUGCUUAAAAAUAUUAAGAAAGGAAAAUACCCUAAAUAUAU